AAUUAGUGAUGAAGAUUUAAAUGAAAAUUAUUUUGAAUCAUUAUGGGAAACAAAUCCUGAAGAAUUUCAUCAUAUAACAAUACUUUCUGAUGUUUUACCUAUUUUAUUAGCAUUAAUACAUGAUGGUAAAGUAAAUGGUCAAAUUGAUAUAUGUAAUAAAAGUACAAUAUCAUUGAAAUAUUUUCAAAAAAUUAAUUCAAAUGAAAUCAAACAAGAGAAUAUUUUACCUCAAUCAUCAAUUGAAAUCAAAGAUCUAACAGAUAAAUUUGAACAAUGGAAUAAACAAAUGAUUUUACCUGGAACACGACAACUUUAUCAAGCAUCUUUUUUAUUACCAAAUGUAUUAAAAAGUAUUGAACAAGUUAUACAACAACAAAAACUCAAUAUGAAUCAAAAUACAUCAAAAGUAUUACUUGUUACUGGUGGAUGUGGAUUUAUUGGAAGUACAUUUAUUAAUCAUUGGAUUCAAACAUAUCCGAAUGAUAAAAUUAUUAAUGUUGAUCGACUUGAUCCAGUUGCUAAUACAAAAAAUAUUUCCAAUCCAAAUUCACCUAAUUAUACGUUAAUUGUUGCAAAUAUUAAUAAUAAAGAUAUUGUUUUACAUCUUUUUAAUCAAUACAAUAUCACACAUAUUAUUCAUUUUGCAGUUCAAGCUCAUCUUGAUACUUCGUUUGGUAAUAGUAUUACAUUUACAGAAUCGAAUGUCUACGGAACUCAUUCUGUGCUUGAAGCAAGUCGAAUUUAUGGUAAAAUUCAAAAAUUUCUUCAUAUAAGUACUGAUGAAGUUUAUGGUGAAACACCAUCUGGUAGUAAUCAAGAAAUCUGUCUUCUUAAUCCACUUAAUCCAUAUGCAGCAACAAUAGCAGCAGCUGAAUUUCUUGUUAGAUCCUAUGGUGAAAGUUUUAAAUUACCUUAUUGUAUAAUUCGUUUAUGUAAUGUCUAUGGACCACGACAACAUAUUGAAAAAGUUAUUCCGACCUUCAUUAACAAUUUAUCACAUGGAGAAAAAAUAAAAAUUCAUGGUGAUGGUAAACAAAUACGUCAUUUUCUUUACGUUGAUGAUGUUAUUCAUGCUAUUGAAAUUAUUUUUAAUAAAGGAAAAACAAAAAUGAUUUAUAAUAUUGGAACAAAAAAUGAAUUUCAUGUUCUUGAUAUAGCAAAAUAUGUUUUAGAAAAACUUCAAUUAAAUAAAAAUCUUGAUGAUGUUAUUAUAUAUGUUAAACCUCGAUCAUUUGCUGAAAAACGAUAUUGUACAACAACAUCUGGAUUAAUUAAAUCACUUGGUUGGAAAGAACAAAUAUCAUUUGAUCAAGGAUUAGAAAAAACUAUUCAAUGGCUUAGAGCAAAUCCUGAUUAUUGGACAAAAUAA